GCGGCAUCUCCUCCCUUUAAAGAACAGGGACUGUAUGUACUGUACAAGACUCCAAACAAUUCACCUGUGUCUCGGAGUUACGGCUUUUAUCACUCCGAAUAAGCACCCCACUCACUUGGAUUUAUGUCGUUUUUUUACAAGGUGCUGUUUUUUAUUUUUGAAAAACGUUUCGGUGUGACACGGAAGGAAGGAGGCAGAUUUCGCGAGACAAGUUCCCUUUGAGCUAUUAAGGAAACUUUUUCUUCAAACCAUGGCGUGUGAAGGUAACGGGAUGUCAGAUGAGAGAAUAGGAGAAGCCCUGAUCAAAGAGGUCAUUGAGGAGGAGCUGAGGGACAUACCCUCAGAGGAUGUCCCACCCCUCACUCCACUGGCAGGGGGUGUAAAUACUGAGCAGGAGAAGAAGAUGGUAACCCAGUUGGGAAAAAUGAUUCGCAUCAUUGGCGACAGAGUGCGGGAUGACAAGGAGUUCCAAGAUGCAAUAGAUGGGGUUGCUUGUGGUUCUGGCUCCAAGUGGGACAGAUUUAAGGAAGUGGCAUCCAAAGUCUUUGAACACGGGAUCACGUGGGAGAGGAUCGCUGUGCUCUUCUACGUUGCUGGAAAGCUGGCUGUCAGGAUGGUGGAAGCUCAUCUGCCUCAGUCAGUGAGGGAGAUCCUGAUGUGGACUGUAGACUUCUUCAAAAACAAUCUCCUGGGCUGGAUUCGGGAUCAUGGAGGAUGGAUCAACAGUUUCUCUGAGCUGGCGGCGGUGUCCAUGCAGCGUGUGUCAUCAAUAAGCUUUCACAGCUACAGCCUUAUGGUCAUGUUCAUCACUGGCAUGGCUCUAGGAAGCUUCAUCACCUGGAGGCUGGCCAGGCAAUCCUGAAGCUGACACACACAGAUCCACUCCAGACCUGGGAUUGAACCUUUUGCCAAGUAGCCGUCUACGAAGUUCUUCUUAUUCAGUGUUAUCAUGUGACAGUAAUGUGACCAUCACAUUAUGAUCACAACGAGAUGCCAUGAGAUGGCUUCAGAUAUGGUUAUAGAAUACUCCUGACCCACUCUGCCACUCUGAUACUCUGCCUUCUAGAAUUUAAACUAUGCAAACAACAAGUGUUAACUGUGAUAUAUAUAUAUAAUGUAGAUUUUCUUCAAUACAAGAAGGAAAAAACAGAGGUUAUAUAAAGGCCUCUGGUUUAAAAGCCAGCAAUACUGUGGUGGUUGUGAUACUAAAACACUCGGCUUAGUACAUAACCUCAGGCAAUAUACCGAUUCCUUUUUCUGAUUGUUUUUCACUUCUCAGUCCUGGCAUAGCGACAUCAGGCGGCGAAUUCUGUCAUGUUACUGGUCUGAGGAGUGAGGAGAGAUCCACGAGUUUUUAUAGUGAAAAAUUAGAUUUAUACAUUUAAAUUUGGUUAGACUUAUCCAACAAAAUAUAUAUAUGAAAAAAUUUAUCUUUUGCAUUUUAAUUUGUGUGUACAGACUGCAUCUGUUGUUAAGUACAGUUACAACGGUCUGACAUGAGGUGAACAGACACAUUUUCUGACGAUGAAGAAUAAUGUCAGAAAUGUGGGUCCGUCAUCCUGCACUGGUUACAUAAUUCGCAGCCAGUGCAGUCUGUGCAAUAGUGACCUUGGACAUGGGCUAUUGAGGUCCUGCCUUCUCCUCAGCCACUUCAUACUAAAACAAGUGCAUAAUUAAUCUAUUCGGAGGAAGUUGCUGAAAUGCAGCAACCUCGCACAUUUUAUCGUUCAUUGGUUAUUUUAAGUAAAGCUGUCAAAUGUCACACCAUCAAAAUGUAAUUAGCCAAACUCCAAAAUUCUAUUCCAGUGCAGUCGAUGAGUUAGUGUGAAUUCUUCCACCAACCCUCACCUUUCACAGACAUGUUCAGCGACAACGAUGCAACUGAGCGGGCUGCUUUGAACCUGCAACCACCACAGUCUGUCGCAGGUAUACACCGGUACAAACAACGUAACCAACUCAGGUUUCUUAGAACAUGUUUACAUUAUUACUCAUUUCCUACAUACAGUAGUUCACCAUGGUUAGAUAAUAGUUUUCUUCAUCUGUCAUUUUAACUGUUAACCUGUAUCAUGGGUGAGAAUAGAAUGAGGGUUAGGGUUUAUUUACCAGCACAGUUUAUUCAGCAGAUAUUUUCUACAACUAAUCAAGCAUUUUAAUCUUAACCCAGAUUCUUAAAAAAUGUAAAUCUCACUGAUUAUUGGCAAAUUCAAACACAUACUAUCUUGAAUUUAGGGGCAGAAUAUACUUGUUUUCUUAUUGUUCAUUAAUGGUUUGCCAAAUAUUAUUGUAUAUAUUGUAUUUAAAACCCUGUUUUAUUUAGGCAUUGGAAAUGUGUCUUUAAAUUGGAGUUUAAAUACUGAGUUGUUUUACUGUUAAAGGGGUUUUUACAGUUUAUUUGCACAAGUAAUAUGUAUAUUUACCGUUUUAAAUUAAUUUUAAGCAUAAGUUCCUAAAAUCUGGGGAGUUUCUGAAAAACUUAAAGAUAACAUAUAAAACACCCUGUUGCAUCCUUAAAAGGGAGAAGCACAAAUGUUACACCUGCUCUUAAAGACACACCUACCUUACUGAGUUGAAGAAAACAGAUCAUGCAUACACCAGGUCUGAAUUCUGUGGCCCCUCAUUACGAGCCACUCAGGUCUGAUUGGUUUCCUGUCCGUUCUGGAGCCUGAUUGUAGUGGAAGUAGAUACCAAAAGAAAAGAGAUGUCCAGUCACAUGAAUAACAUAUUUAGUUCACCUGAUAAUUAGUGUUAGCUUAGCAUCAUGAAAAUAUUCCAAGACAAUGUACUGCUAAUGUAAUUACAACUGGAUCAUUGAUCAUUGUGCACUCCUGCUUGACAGGUACAGUUAUAGUUUAGUUUAGAUGUAUCACACAUAUAGCGUCUUUGAUGCAGUUGUUUAUGUAUUUUAUUUGCUUAGCUCGAUUUAAUAUAAAAAACGCAACCUAUAAUGCUUCUCAGGAAAAUAAGAAAACAUUUCUUUGUAGGAUCAUUCUGCUUUCAGCUGUUUUUGCUUAAGUUGUUAUUUGGGCACAAAUGAAAUCACUGCAGUGCCUGUAACUACAUGUAAUAUUAUGAUGUCACAGCUCCUUUCAAGAAGAAAACCAGAAAACUAUGAAGUAAAACAUAUUUUUGUCUUUUUAAUGUGAAGAUAAUUAGGAUCCUGGGGUUAUGUAAAGCAGUUUUUUCUAUGCAUUGUAUUUUGCAUUUCAUGUAGACGGUGUCUGAGCGGUGCCAGUAGCAUUCAGUAUGACAGUUAAAGCCACAGAGUUUUAGCCAGGUGUACAUUUAGAUGAUUUAAAACAACAUCCAAUAAGAAAACCAAGCUCAAAACUUAUAACUUAACUAAGCAUAACAAAACUGUGUGCUGUUUUAUCUGGAUUAAAAGCAAUUCUGCCAAAUUGUUUUCUCAUUCCGAAGAUGGUUGGCAAAGAGGCAAGAGUUGCUACACAGAAUACAGACCCUUUUGCUCUCACACACAAUGUUGCACAUUUCCAUAUUUCCCAUAAAUUGACGCACCAUGUGAAAUUGCGAAACUGUUUUUUGCAAAUUUGUUGUAUAUUAAAAAUGAAAAACUCA